AUGGAUACCACAAAUCCAGAGCCGGAAGAUGCAAGAGAGAGUCAACAUGUCGCUGAAGAUCGCACAACGGCCACUGUUGUGAUGGAAGUCUGCGGCGUGGCUCUUUUCUUUGGUCAGGCUGCUGUUACCGCAAACAAGAUGUACGACCGUUAUACAACCGACGGCAUCAGCUCAUCUACCAUCCUUUACAUCCGAGUAUACAUGGCCAUAUCUCUUUUUUUGGGCAUCCUAGCAGCCGACGUAGUGUCUGGAAUUGUCCACUGGGGCGCUGAUAAUUGGGGCAGCGGAACUUGGCCAGGUAUCGGUCCUGCCUUCAUCCGACCUUUUCGAGAUCACCACACCGAUCCCCGGUCUAUAACACGGCAUGGCUUCUUGGAGCUCAAUGGGAAUAACUUCAUUGUCAGUAUUCCAGCGCUCUGGGUAGCAUCGUCUGCCCUUGGGUCGGAAGACAGCGUCUCGGCCUUGUCUGCAGCCACUUUCUGGCUCUCGUUUGCGUUCUUCUGCGGAUAUACGAACCAGUUCCACUGCUGGGCUCACAUGGAGAAUCCUCCUAUGUUAGUGAGAGGUUUGCAGGAUACUGGGUGGAUGAACCGCCCAUUAACUGCUAUUGGCUUCUUUGAAGGUCUCGAAAGGGCAAUUACGGCCAUCACGGGCGCGGUGCCUCUUCACGAACAGUCGCAAAAGAACCAAAACAAGCUGCUGACAGAAUAG